AUGGAAUUGGCUGCUGCAAGGGCAGCACAAGAGUCUAUCCUUAGUGGUUCUCCUCUGUCAGAAGAUAUGAACACUGGUUCAUCUGGGAAAAGGAAAUAUUUUAUGGUUAUAGGAGUCAACACUGCUUUUAGCAGCCGAAAAGAAGAGAUUCAGUUCGUGCUACCUGGAUGCCACAAGGAGAGAAGCGGAAAAAGUUGGAGGAAGAGAAGGGGAUUAUUGUACGCUUUGUCAUUGAAAAUAAUUUUAUUGAAUCUCAGUGCCACAGUUGGUGGUAUAUUGGACAGAGCUAUUGAAGCAGAGGACAAAAUGCAUGGUGAUAUUUUGAGACUGGAUCAUGUUGAGGGGUACCUUGAAUUGUCAGCCAAGACAAAGACAUAUUUUGCAGCUGCUGUUGCUUUAUGGGAUGCAGAAUUCUAUAUCAAAGUUGACGAUGAUGUUCAUGUGAAUAUAGCCACACUGGGAGAAACUUUAGCAAGAUAUCGGAGAAAACCACGGGUAUAUAUUGGAUGCAUGAAAUCUGGUCCAGUCCUUGCUCAAAAAGGAGUGAGAUACCAUGAACCAGAAUAUUGGAAGUUUGGGGAGGCAGGAAACAAGUAUUUCCGUCACGCUACAGGACAGUUAUAUGCCAUUUCAAAAGAUUUGGCUAGUUAUAUUUCAAUAAACCAGCAUGUACUGCACAAGUAUGCUAACGAGGAUGUAUCUUUGGGAUCUUGGUUUAUUGGACUCGAUGUGCAGCAUAUUGAUGAUCGGAGAUUAUGUUGUGGAACCCCACCAGAUUGCGAGUGGAAGGCACAGGCGGGCAACAUCUGUGUUGCUUCAUUUGACUGGAGUUGCAGUGGGAUUUGCAGGUCUGCUGAGAGGAUUAAAGAGGUCCAUCAGCGAUGCGGUGAAGGUGAGAAUGCUGUGUGGACUGCUGCCUUUUGA